AUGAAGGCAAAUGGUAGUAUAGAAAGGUUCAAGGCUCGUUUGGUUGCAAAAAGAUACAGUCAAAUUGAAGAUAUAAAUAAUGCCUUCCUUAAUGGGGACCUUGAUGAAGAAAUGUAUAUGUCUUUACCACCUGGUUAUCAAGUCAAGAGGGAGUAUCUUCCUAAUACUAAGUUAGUCUAUAAUGGUGGUUUUGUAACACUGCUGGUUUAUGUUGAUGACAUAAUCAUUGAUUCCAAUAAUCUUCAGUUAUCAAUGGACGUCAAAACUUAUCUAAGUUCACAUUUUAAGCUAAAAGAUCUUGGAGAAGUUAAGUACUUUCUUGGACUUGAAUUAGCAAGGUCAAUUGAGGGUAUAUCAAUUUGCCAAAGAAAGUAUGCUUUGGAUAUGUUGGAAGAGCAUGGACUUCUUGGUGUAAAACCAGUUUCAACUCCUAUUUAUUAUAAUCACAAAUUAGAAAAGGCCACUGAUGAUGAACAACUAGCAGAUGCAACGCUAUAUCGGCAACUCAUUAGGAAGCUUAUCUCAGUUUAUGGAUAA